CGGAUGAAAUUGUACCGCGUGUUUUGAAUGAAUGCUUAAAUGAGUAUAUCAAGCAUAUUUGUCCUUAUUUAGAAGAAUCUGUCGUCGAACUGAAAAAUAAAGGAGUGCAUCAGAAGGAACAAAAUGAGGAAUAUAUAAAAAUUAUGAUGACAAUUGCGAACAAUUUGGAUAUGUUUGCUGAUUCAAUUGGUAAACUGGAAAAAUAUAUCGAAAGAGUGGGAGAUGAUGAAUUAUUGAAUUGGAAAAGAAUUGGAAAUCAAAAACGAAUUUCGAUCAUUUUACAAGCAUCAACUGAUGAUGCUAUUACUGGGAAACAAAAACAAAAGUAUUUCAGUCGUAAAAUGCAAGGUGCAAUUCAUGGUGCAAUGAGUGCUCUUCGGGACAUACCAGCAACACUAGCCAAUAUAACGCCUUCAUCAUCAGAAAAUAUUUUGGAUGAAUUAAAUGAUAAUUCCGGAAGCCAAUUAAAUGAUGAAAGUGAGGUUGAAAUUGAACUGGAAGAUGAGGAUCCAUUGGAAUCUGCUUGGGAACGUACUGAAAUUUUGAAAAAACAUUUCAGCAAUUUGCUUCGAAUUGUGCAAGUUCUUCAUUCCUUCUUUCUUUUUGCUUUUUAUUUAUAA